AUGGAUGUAGAUGGUGGAAUUGAUCAGGAUAUCUUUGACAUCAAUGAAGCUUUAGGACUGAACCUUUUUGAGGGAGAUAUCGUGUUAGAUGGGGAACGAAACUCCAUUAUUGGUGACCAAUAUAGGUGGCCCCUCACUAUCCCAUAUGUCCUUGAGGAUAGCCUGGAAAUGAAUGCCAAAGGAGUUAUCCUCAAGGCAUUUGAACAGUAUCGACUAAAAAGCUGUAUUGACUUCAAACCUUGGGAAGAUGAAGAGAAUUACAUAUCAGUGUUCAAGGGAAGUGGAUGCUGGUCGUCAAUAGGAAACCGCAGAAAAGGGAAGCAGGAGCUCUCAAUCGGAGCCAACUGUGACAGAAUUGGGACUGUUCAGCAUGAGUUCCUUCAUGCGCUGGGGUUCUGGCAUGAGCAAUCACGAUCUGAUAGGAAUGAUUAUGUUACAAUAAUGUGGGACAGAAUUAGUACUGGUAAAGAGCACAAUUUCAAUACAUAUGAUGAUAAAACAUCAAAUUCCUUGAAUACUCCUUAUGAUUUCACUUCUGUGAUGCAUUAUAGUAAAAAUGCCUUCCGGAAUGGAACGGAAGCAACCAUUUUAACUAACAUACCAGACUUCAUGGAUGUGAUUGGCCAAAGAAUGGAUUUCAGUGAUUAUGAUCUCCGGAAGCUGCAUCGACUGUACAACUGCACCUCUUCACUAAGCUUCAUGGACACAUGUAGCUUUGAACUUGCAAAUGUAUGUGGCAUGAUUCAAAGUUCAGAAGAUAAUACUGACUGGCAGCGUUUGUCUCAGGUGUCUGCUGGACCAGAUACUGAUCAUACUAACAUGGGACAAUGUGCAGACACUGGCUACUUUAUGCAUUUUAGUACCAGCACCGGCAAUGUGGGAAAUAGAGCCAUUCUGGAGAGCCGAAUUCUAUAUCCCAAACGAGGUUUUCAGUGCUUGCAAUUCUACUAUUACAACAGUGGUAACGAAAGUGAUCAGCUGAACAUCUUGGUAAGGGAGUAUACUUCAGCCCAUCCCAAUGGUACUUUAAGAUUCAUUGAAGAGAUAAAAGGUUCACCAGUGAAUUACUGGCAGCUGUACCACAUUUCUUUGAAUGUCACAAGUCAGUUCCGGAUUAUAUUUGAAGGCAUAAAAGGAAUAGGUUCAUCAUUUGGAGGCCUUUCUAUUGAUGAUAUUAACCUGUCAGAAACACAGUGUCCCCACCACGUCUGGCAUAUUAGAAAUUUUACGCAUCUGCUCAAUACAAGCCUUGAAGGGAAAAUGGGAAAAAUAUACAGUCCGCCUUUUUAUUCUAGUAAAGGAUAUGCUUUUCAGAUUGGUUUAUAUGUGAAUGGCACCAGCAACAACUCACAUAACCUGGCUAUUUAUUUGCACUCGAUCUCUGGAGCAAAUGAUGAUCAACUGGCAUGGCCUUGUGCAUGGCAACAAGCUACUAUGAUCCUAUUGGACCAACACCCGGAUAUUCGUCAACAGAUGUCAAAUCAAAGAAGUGUAACAACAGACCCAUCUCAAUUAUUACCAGGUUCAUUAACAUCUCUUUUCUGGGACAGACCAGACAAAGUAGGAUCACCAUCUAAAUUUGCUAAUGGAACUGAGUUCAGAAGAGGUCCAGGAAGUGGAACCAGUGGAUUUCUAACUCAUCAAAGGCUUAGAAGCCGUGACUUUAUAAAAGGAGAUGAUGUUUACAUUCUUUCAACAAUAGAAGAUAUAUCACAUCUGAUAUCAACUGAACCAAAUCUUCCAAACACCACUGCUGGCAAUAUGACCGUAAGCACCCCUACCAAGCCUGCCACCACUAGACACACCACCACCCGGCGAACUACCACCCAACGCACCACCACCAGGAAAACUACAGUGAACACAACGCCAGCAGGAGCACCAGAGACAAGUAAUCCCAAUCCAUGUAAAAGGUACAGCUGUGAAAAUGAUGGCAUCUGCGUUGCUGUUGCUGAAAUACCACUGUGCAGAUGUCCAGUAGGUGAUGACUGGUGGUACAUGGGGAAAAGGUGUGAAAAGAAAGGCUCAACUCGACAGAAUAUGGUAGUCGCCGUUGCUUCAACUGUUGCUGUUUUUGUUGUUAUGCUAAUCAUUACAAUUAUAAGCACACAGUGUAUUAGAAGAAAAUACCACAGAAGGCGGCAAAAUGAGGAAGCCCUGGACAACCUAAAUUUAGAAAAUAGAACAUCUUUCUGAAAAUAUUGAAAGCAACAUCCUCCUCCACCCAAAAAAAUCCAACCAGGUAGACUCUUUCCAUCACUCAAGUCAACUGAAAGCCUUAAUUACACAACUAUUUCUCCUGAUUUCCUUCAUCUAAGUCAUCAUGCUAAAGUUGAUACAGAAUGAGAAAUAAAACACAUUUUGGAUAAAAUCUG